GAAGAAUUUUACCUAAAUCACAAAUUUAUAAUCAAGCUGCAUUUCAAAUAGAAAUAAAAUUAAGCAAACUCUAUCCAUUUAAAGCACCUGAAGUUCGUUUUAUUACACCUAUUUAUCAUCCGAAUGUUGACCAUGACGGCAAAAUAUCUAUUGACAUACUUUAUGUUGGAAGUGGUUUCAAACCAACAACAACAUUAGUUGAUAUUGUUAAAGCUAUUGUUGAUCUUAUUGAUAACCCAGAUCUGAAUCAUGUGCUUCAAACAAAUAUUGCUGCUGAAUACUCACAAAACAGAGCUGAAUUCGAUCAUAAAGCAAUAAAAAUGGUUACAAAAUACGGUUUACCACGAAAAUAG